GCAUGAGACCUUAUACACAAGGUUAAAUGCAAAUACCAUCUGGGGUGGCCCUGGCUCCGCUCAGGGAGGAAGCCCUGCCUGAAAACGCCGCAGCUUAGGCUGUUACUCCGUCUUCUUUCAGCCCAACGUCUAAUCACAUCUCCUGUCACUCAGGGCCUGAAGGGGCGGGGCUGUAAACGUCUUCCAAUCAGGGACGCCGGGCUGGAAACCUUCCAAUCAGACAAGCAGCUGGAGCGAACAUGGCGGCUUCCGGGUUUGGCGGGGACUUUGUCUCUGGCUGCGGUGGUAGCUCCAGGUCUCGUGUUCCCGGCUCUGCGUCCUCUUCUCCAGGAGGCCCAGUUCUGUGACCCUGUGACCUGCAGGUAUUGGGAGAACCACAGCUAAAACGCCAGGACCUCCUGGAAGCCUAGAAAUGGCUUGUCUGCGGUGGACCACACGGCUCUCGCCUAGCCAUGUCUGAGGUCGAUCAUCCGUCUCUCACAUAGCCCUGUCUGAGUUCCACAAAAUGGCUCUCAUCUUGCCUUGUCUGAGGUCUACCGAAGCUCUCGUCUAGCCAAGUCUCAGGUCGACUCCGAGGCUCUCGACUGGUCAGCCAGUCUAGGUCUUGGGAGACGCAGAGCUAAGAUGCCAGGACAUUCUGGAAGCUGGGAAAUGUAGAGAUAGGAUUUCGCAAUGUUGACCAGGCUGGUCUUGAACUGCUGACUUCAAGUGAUCCACCCACCUCGGCCUCUCAAAGUGCUGGGAUUACAGAACGGGAACCUCUGUGGGAUUGUUACUUCAUCACUGGACCUUCCUGCAGUCGUGAUUGUGACAUACUCCUUUGUCCAGCACCUGAGUGAUUUCAGUUUCCUGCCUGGUCCCAUCCCAAAGAUGGAUUGGUGCCUCUCAGAUCAAGGUUCAGCACACCUGUGAGACUAUGAUUUUACUGAGGAGACACAGUCUACAGAAGAGAUUGAGGCUGUUGUGCAUGGAUUCAUCUACAUUGAGAUUGUGGCUUCUGUACUUAAACCCAACAUCCAAAUGGUACUGACUCUCAUACCUAGAAUGAAGACACAUGAAGAAUUGUUUCUCUCAUUUCUGGGUCUUUCUGCAGGUUUAAUUGUGACACAUGCCACUGCUCAGAACAUGAGUGAUUUGACUCUCCUGCCUUGGCCCAGCACACAGAUAGGAUUGCGGCAUAUCGCUGGACCCAGCAUGUAGAUGAUGUGACCCUGUAUUCUUGCCUUGGUGCUCCCACAGAGGGCAUUGUGACAUAUCAGUAGUCCCUGCACCCAGGUAAUGUGUUUAUCUUUUCUGUGCCACAUGGGCUAUUGUAACAUAUUGCUGGGUCUAACAACCAGGUGAUAUGAAUCUCCUACUUAGACCCUGGCUACAGGAGACAUUUUGCCAUAUUUCUGGACCCAUCAUCUUUUUUUUUCUGAGAUGGCGUCUUGCUCUGUCACCUAGGCUGAAGUGCAGUGGUACAAUAUUGGCUCACUGCAGCCUCUGCUUCCCAGGUUCAAACAGUUCUCCUGCCUUAGCCUCCCAAGUAGCUGGGACUGUAGGCAUGCAUUGCAUACCUGGAUUUUUUGUAUUUUUGGUAGAGAUAGGGUUUCACCAUGUUGGCCAGCUUUGUCUCAAACUCCUAACUUCAGGUGAUCCACUGGCCUCGGCCUCCCAAAGUGCUGGAAUUACAGGAGUGAGCCACCACACCUGGCUCUAUUAUUAUUUUUUUAGAUGGAUUUUUGCUCUUUUUGCCCAGGCUGGAGUGCAGUGGCACGAUCUUGGCUUACCACAACCUUUGCCUCCAGGUUCAAGUGAUUCUCCUGCCUCCCAGGUAGUUGGGAUUACAGACUUGUGCCAUCACGCCCAGCUAAUUUUUGUAUUUUUAGUAUAGACAGGUUUUCACUGUGUUGGUCAGGCUAGUCUUGAACUCCUGACCUCAGGUGAUCCACCUGCCUUGGCCUCCCAAAGUGCUGGGAUUAUAGGCGUGAGCCACUGUGCCCAGCCUGUUUGUUUGUUUUUUGAGACAGAGUCUUGUUAUGUCACCCAGGCUGGAGUGCAAUGGCAAAAUUUCUGCUUACUGCAACCUCUGCCUCCUGAGUUCAAGUGAUUCUCCUGCCUCAGCCUCCCAAGUAGCUGGGAUUACAGGCACACACUAUCAUGACUGGCUAAUUUUUUGUAUCUUUAGUAGAGACAGUGUUUCACCAUGUUGACCAGGCGGGUCUCGAGAACUCCUGACCUUGUGAUCUACCCGCCUCGGCCUCCAAAAGUGCUUGGAUUACAGGCGUGAGCCACUGCGCCCAGCCAUAACUCUUCUUUUCUAACCUGAACCCUAUAAAAGGGGAUGAUUGUGACAUAUCACUGUACUCUACAUAUAGGUGAUACCACCACUUUUCUCUUUAACCUGAGCCUCUUGUGUUGUGGGUAUUUUGACAUAUUGCUGGGUCAAACCAAAUGGGUGAAAAGCUCUUGCCUGGGCCUUGUCUAUAGGAAGCCUUGUGACAUAUCUGUGCAUCCAUUACUUUGGAGGUAUGACUCUCUUCUUCCAUAUGCACCGUGCCCACAGGAAGAUUGUGAUGCACAUCUGGGUUCAGCAGCCAGGUGCUGUGUCUCUUGUGCCCAAGCCUUGCCUGCAGAGAAUUGUGAUGUAGCUGGUCCCAGUAUCCAAGUAAUGUGAUUGUUGUCUGCGCCUUGCUUUUUUUUUUUUUUUAUGUUUUUGUUGUUUCUUUUUUUAUUUUAUUUUUUCUGCGCCUUGCUUUCGCCCAGCUCACAGUUGUGAUAAUGAUCCUCAUUCCACAAACCAGUCAGUAGCUGAGAUACUGGUGCUUGUAGCUAGACUUAGAGAAAUGGGUAAAGUCCUGGGUCUUCUCUAGGGAAGAACAUCAUAAAGGAUUACCAUUCCUUUACAUUUUGUAUAUAGUCUUUGGACAGUACAGAGAGUGUUAUGAUAGGGCCAAGAACACAGGUGAGACUGCGUUUCUCAUAUCCAGAACCUACCAAAUAUUAACACUGACACCCUCACACAUAGACAGAGCACACUGGGAGAUCCUGAAUUUCACAUGUGAAUGGAGUCCACAGUAAAAAUUGUGACUGUCAUAUUUAAUCACUUGACAGCAGUUAAGAUGGUGACUCAUUUCUACACCCAGCUCAUAGACAGGUGAGGGCUCUUUUCUCUAGACCCAGACAAUUGGAAAGAUGUUGACUUUAAUACAUGAGCUUAGAUCCACAGGUAUGAUUAUGAGUUUAUAUUAGAGAAAAAAACCUUAGCCGGAAAGUCUUGACCAGGCACGGUGGCUCAUACCUGUAAUCCCAGCACUUUGGGAGGCCGAGAUGGGUAGAUCUUUUGACGUCAGGAGUUUGAGACCAGCCCGGCCAAUAUGGCGAAACCUCGUCUCUACUAAAAAUACAAAGAUUAGUGGGGCUGGUGGUGUAUGCCUGUAGUCCCAGCUACUUGGGAGGAUGAGGCACGAGAAUCGCAUGAAGCCAGGAGGUGGAGGUUGCAGUUAGCUGAGACUGUGCCAGUGCACUACAGCCUGGGCAACAAGAGCGAAACUCUGUCUCCAAAAAGACAAAAAAAGUCUCAGAACAAAUUGUGACUAUCAUGCCUAUUGUAUAAAGCACUCAGGUGGUACGUGCCUAUUGUUUAAAGCACUCAGGGCCUAGCACUUUGGUAACAUUAUAACACUCAUAUGCAAACCCAGCCAACAGUAAAAACUUGUCAACUUUUCACAUGAACACAGCUCACUGUCGAAGUUCUGAUUCCCACAUCUGGGUGAGAUGUGAGAUAGCCAAAAGUGGGAAAAUUGACCCUCAUGUGGAUUAGGUUCACAUGUGGGUUGGUGACACUCAGAUCAAGAUUCAGCAUGCCUGAGAGGCUGUGAGUCCAUUAAGGGGACACAGUCUGCAGCAAAGACUGAGGCUCUCAUGCAUGUUUCUUUUUUUCUUUUCUUUUCUUUUUUUGAGAUAGAGCUUCGCUGUUGUUACCCAGACUGGAGUGCAAUGGCACGAUCUCGGCUCACUGCAACCUCCGCCUUCUGGGUUUAAGCAAUUCUCCUGCCUCACCCUCCCAUGUAGCUGGAACUACAGGCAUGUACCACCAUGCCCAGCUAAUUUUUGUAUUUUUAGUAGACACGGGGUUUCCUGUCAUUGACCAGGAUGGUCUUGAUCUCUUGACCUCGUGAUCCACCCACCUCGGCCUCCCAAAGUGCUGGGAUUAUAGGCGUGAGCCACCGCGCCUGGCCACAUGUUUCCAAUCCACCUUUGAGAUUGUGACUCUUGUGUACUUAGACUGAACAUACAAAAUGUAUUGACUCUAAUACUUAGAAAUAAGACAUGUAGGAUUUUUAAGUUCAUUCCUACAGUUUUUGCAACUGUGAUUGUGACAUACCCCUUUGCCCAGCCCUGAGUGAUUUGACUCUCCUACCUGGUACCUCGCCUACAGAUUGGAUUGUGACACAUUGCUGAAUCCAACACCUUGGUGGUGUGACUCUGUAUUUUUGCCUCAGCACUGCCCACUGUGGAGCAUUGUGACAUCACUAAGCUCCACACCCUGGUUAUGUGACUGUUCUGCUUGUGUCCUGCCUUCAUGGGCCAUUGUGACAUAUUGCUAUGUGCAACAUCCAGGUGAUACAACUUGUUCGGUGGGAUCCUGCCUGCAGGAAGCAUUAUAAUCUAUCUGUGCACCCAUCAUCCAGGUAAUGAGACUUUCUUCAGACAGAGUCUCACUCUGUUGCCCAGGCUGGAGUGCAGUGGUGCAAUCUUGGCUCACGGCAAUCUCCACCUCCCGGGUUCAAGCUAUUCUCAUGUCUCAGCCUCCUGAGUAGCUGGGAUUACAGGCAGCUGCCACCACAUCUGGCUAAUAUUUGUAUUUUAGUAGAGAUGGGGUUUUGCCGUGUUGGUCAGGUUGGCCUCAAACUCCUGACCUCAGGUGACCCACCCGCCUCGGCCUCCCAAAUUGCUGCAAUUGCAGGACUAAUCCACCAUGCCUGGCCCAUGUGACUCUCUUUCUACUAGGUUCCGGCUCAUAGAAUUAUUACCUAUCACUGGGCCCAGCACCUAGGUGUUGAGAUGCUUCUUUUCUACCUACAUUCUCAGUGUAGAUUUUGACAUACUGCUGGGCCAAACAUCAACAUGAUGUUACAUUGUUUCGUUGGCACUUUCCUCAUCAGCCAUUGUGACAUGUUGUGCGGCUGGGAACUAAGGUAAUGUGAGCCUUCGCCUGAACCCUUCCCACAGUGGGCAUGGUGACAUAUUUAUGAACCCAUCAUCUAUAUAAUGUGACUUUUUUUUUUUUUUUUUGAAAUGGAGUUUCACUCUUGUUGCCCAGGCUGGAGUGCAAUGGUGCGACCUUGGCUCACCGCAACCUCUGCUUCUCAGGUUCAAGAAACUCUCCUGCCUCAGCCUCCCGAGUAGCUGGGAUUACAGGCACCCACAACCAUGCCCAGCUAAUUUUUGUAUUUUUAGUAGAGACAGGGUUUUGCCAUGUUGGUCAGCCUGGUCUGAAACUCCCCACCUCAGAUGAUCUGCCCACCUUGGCCUCCCAAAGUGCUGGGAUUACAGGUGUGAGCUACCAUGCCUGGCCUAUAAUGUGAUAUUUUUUUUCAGCCAAAUAACACUCUAUUUUUUGAGACGGAGUUUCACUGUUUUUACCCAGACUGGAGUGCAAUGGCAAAAUCUUGGCUCACCGCAACCUCCGCCUCCUGGGUUCAAACAAUUCUGCCUCAGCCUCCUGAGUAGCUGGGACUACAGGCGCGCACCACCAUGCCCAGCUAAUUUUUGUAUUUUUAGUAGAGAUGGGGUUUCACCUUGUUAACCAGGAUGGUCUCCAUCUCUUGACCUUGUGAUCCACCCGCCUCAGCCUCCCAAAGUGCUGGGAUUAUAGGCGUGAGCCACUGAGCCUGGCCUAUUUUUAUAUAUUUUUAUUCUUUAUUCACACAGUCUAUUGUGGGAUAUUUUCCUCGUUUCAAUGCUUUUGUCUUUGUCCAAGAGAGGGAUGAGAUUGGAAAACACCAUCAUCAAAUUUCCUAGUAGUUGUUUUUUUUUGUGACAGAGUUUCACUGUUGUUACCCAGACUGGAGUACAAUGGCACAAUCUUGGCUCACUGCAACCUCCACCUCCUGGGUUCAAGCAAUUCUGCCUCAGCCUCCCGAGUAGCUGGGACUAUAGGCGUGCACCACCAUGCCCAGCUAAUUUUUGUGUUUUUAGUAGAGAUGGGGUUUCACCUUGUUGACAAGGAUGGUCUCGAUCUCUUGACCUUGUGAUCUACCCGCCUCGGCCUCCCAAAGUGCUGGGAUUAUAGGCGUGAGCCACCACACCUGGCCCCUAGUAGUUGUUGAAUCACAGCAUCAGAGUAGCUCAGGAAACUCAACGAAAUUAUCAUCUUCCUCUCAAUGACUUGUGCUGGUUGUCCAGGCAUCAUCUUCUUGAAAAAAUACAAAACAUUAGGCCGGGUGUGGUGGUUCACGCCAGUAAUCUCAGCACUUGGGAGGCCGUGGCAGGUGGAUCAUGAGGUCAAGAGAUCGAGACCAUCCUGGUCAACAUGGUGAAACUCUGUCUUUACUAAAAAUAUAUAAAUUAGCUGGGCAUGGUGGCACCUGCCUGUAAUCCCAGCUACUCAGGAGGCUGAGGCAGGAGAAUUGCCUGAACCCAGGAGGUGGAGGUUGCAGUGAGCCGAGAUCGUGCCAUUGCACUCCAGCCUCGGUAACAAAAGCGAAACUCGGUCUCAAAAAUACAAGAUGUUGUUUUUGAAGCAUUUCAGCAUCUUGUAAGCAAGGGAAGCUGCCUUGUUGAGUACAUAGUUUGAGCAUGUUUUUUAUUAGAAUCAUCAACCUGGCAAUUAAGAGUCUGAUUGCUCGUUUUGGCAAGUAUGUCAUUAACUGGACAGGAAGCCAUUUUUCUAUGUCAUUUAUAAGAAAAUGGACCACUACAUCCACCAGAAUUUCCAUGGCCAUGUUCAUUACUGGUGAAGUAAAUGAGCCCAUGGUAACUGUGAUGAGCGUUCUGUUGGUUUCAGAUGAAGUUAUGUAAUGGCCUAAUGUGACUUUCUUACUUGGCUUUAGCCUAUAGGAGAGACUGUGACAUAUAUUUGGCCCUGGAACCUAGAUAAUGUGACUCUUCUUUCCUGCCGUGGCCCUGCUCUCAUAAAACACAGUGACUUAUCACUGGGAUCAGCACAGAGGCUACAUGAUUCUUCUGCCUGGUUCCUCUCCACAGGGUUACUUCGACAUAUCUCUGGGCCCAUUACUUAGACAAUGUGACUCCUCUUCUUCCUGGGAUGUGUUUACAGUUUGGAUUGCAGCAUCUCACUUAGUCCAGCACCCAUGUGAUGUGACUUUUCUCAUGCUUUGGUCUUGUCCACUGGGGUGCUUGUGAUAUGUAGCUGGGCCCAGCUCUUAGGUUAUGUGAUUUUUCUUUUUUCAUGUUGAGCCUUACACACAGGGGGCAUUGUGACAUAUCUCUGUUCGUUUCACCUCGAUGAUGUAAGUCUUCUGCCAGGGUUCUUUUCUUAGAGAGUACUGUGACAUUUCUGGACCCAGAACCUAGGUGAUGUGACUCUCUUCUACUGCCUGGGUUCUGCCUAAGAUGUGACUUUUUUUUUUUGCCUGAUCUCUGCAUAUAGUUCAUAUUGUGAUAUAUGGCUGGGUCCAACACCUAGGUAAGUCUAGGUAAGUCUCCUGCAUGGGCUCUGUUCAGCAAGGUAUUAUGACAUAUUGUUUUUUUUAAUCACUUAAGUGUUUUUUAUUUAUUUUUGAGACAGAGUUUCGCUGUUGUUACCCAGACUGGAAUGCAAUGGCAUGAUCUUGGCUCACUGCAACCUCUGCCUCCUGGGUUCAGGCAAUUCUCCUGCCUCAGCCUCCUGAGUAGCUGGGACUACAGGCACGCACCACCAUGCCCAGCUAAUUUUUGUAUUUUUAUUAGAGACGGGGUUUCACCUUGUUGACCAGGAUGGUCUCCAUCUCUUGACCUCGUGAUCCACCCGCCUUGGCCUCCCAAAGUGCUGGGGAUUAUAGGCAUGAGCCACCGCGCCUGGCCCAUCACUUAAGUGUUGUGACUCUCCUUUUUUUACUUGAAACUGCUACAAAGGAUAAUUGUGACAUAUCACUGGGCUCAGCACCUAGGUGUCGUGACUCUCCUUUUUUCCUGAGUCUCACAUUGUUUGAGUAUUGUAUAUAUUGAAUCUGAGACCAACACAUAGGGGAUGGGAAACUCCUUUCUUGACCCUGACCACAGAGGCUUUGUGACAUAUCUGCAUUCAUGACCUAAAUAUGUGACUCUUUGUUUCUGCUUGCACCCUGCUAACAGAGAAGAUGGUGACAAAUUGCUAAGUGCAGUGUAUCUUGUGCUGUCUCAUCCUGUGACAAGAAUGCCUAACCUGGGGAUGCAGAAAAGUAGGGUUUGCAUCAUUUCACGCAGCUGCUAUUCAAGAUUGAGUUGCUCUGGUUUGAAUGCCUCUGACAUUAAGAUCCAUUAUAAAACUAUGUAAAAAGUCUAUUUGAAUUAUAGUGAAUGAGAAUUAAAAGAAUUAGGGUGGGCUCUUCUGAAAGAUGUAGUGAUAGUUAUAUUUGUGUUUAUGAGUUUUUUUAAAUUAACCUUUGUUACUUUAGAAUAGAUAUUUUGUUUUGUUCUCUCUAGUUUAAAGAUACACUUGAUCAUGAAAGGGAUUUCCACUGUUAAAGGAAAAUAAAUCUCUUGAUGCCAAAAUUACCAAGUGAAUAGAAAAAUCAAGCUGGGAACUAAGUCUGGCAAGCCUGCUUCCCAUUUUAUUUAUAAAUAAGAUAGCUACAAAGAUAAAAAAGCUAUGUACCUCACAAUUUGCCAACAAGGAAAUUCUUUGAGAACAAAUGACAGAUGGAACUCAAAACCAUUUCUCUGAGCCUCGCCUGAGAUAAAUGCAUAUCUGAUUGCUUCCUCUGCACUAUUGUUAAUUUAGAAAUGCAGAUUCACUGAGCCAGAGUAAAUUAUGUAUUCAGUUGAAUGUUUAUCAAGGAUAAACUCAAAAGAAUCCAACCUUUUGUCUCUUAUUUACUUAUGAUCUGGAAGCCCCUACCUCAAGUUGUCCUGCUUUUCUGAAUGAAAUGUACAUCUUACUCAUACUGAUUGAUGCCUCAUGUCUUCCUAAAAUGUAUAAAAGCAGCUGUGCCCUGACCACCUUGGGCACAUAUCAUCAGGACCUCCUGACACUGUGUCAUAGGCUUAUUUUUAACCUUGGCAAGAUAAACCUUUUAAAUUGAUUGAGACCUGUUUCAGAUACCUUUUGGUUUACACAGCCAUGGCCCUGCUAGCAGGAAUAUACUCCUGAGUGUAAAUAGCCCAACCAUAAGCCACUUGUUCAGUAGAAGUGAAUCAACAGCAGGGCCUAGCAUAGGUUAAAGACACAUGAAGUGGGUGGCUCUCUGGGUCCUGGCUCCUAAUGGAAAGGACAGUCACAUAGAUGUUUCUGAAUGUUUGGACAGCCUGGCCUUUCCUGACCCAAAUCCCCUCACCAGCUUUUUAUAAAGCACACCUCUUUGCCAGAGGUGUGAACCAGAGCAACUCUAUUUUAAAUAGGAGCUGGGUGAAAUGAGGCUGAAACCUCCUGGGAUGCAUUCCCAGACAGUUAAGGUAUUCUAAGUCGCAGGAUGAGAUAGAAUACAGGUCACAAAGUCCUUGCUGAUAAAACAGGUUGCAGUCAAAGAGCUGGCCAAACCCCACUAAAACCAAAAUGGCAGUGAGAGUGACCUCCGGUUGUCGUUACUGCUGCGCUCUUACCGGAGCCAUGACAGUUUACAAAUGCCAUGGCAACAUCAUGAAGUUACCCUGUAUUGUCCGAAAAGGUGAGACAUAAAUAAUCCACCCUUCGUUCAGCCUGCCCUCAAGAAAUAACCAUAAACAUGAGCAACCAGCACCCCUCGGAGCUGCUGUCUAUGGAGGAGUAACCAUUUUUUUUUUUUGAUGGAGUUUGGCUCUCUUUGCCCAGGCUGGAGUGCAAUGGCCUGAUCUCUGCUCACUGCAACCUCCGCCUCCCGGAUUCAAGCGAUUCUCCUACCUCAUUUUCCCAAGUAGCUGGAAUUACAUGCAUGUGCCGCCAUGCCUGGCUAAUUUUCUGUAAUUUUAGUACAGACGGGAUUUCUCCAUGUUGGUCAGGCUGGUCUUGAACUUUCUACCUCAGGUGAUCCGCCUGCCUCAGCCUCCCAAAGUGCUGGGAUUACAGGCAUGAGCCACCAUGCCUACCCUAGAGUAGCUAUUCUUUUAUUUCUUUACUUUUUCUUGAGGCAAAGUCUCGCUCUGUUGCCCAGGUUGGAGUGUGGUGGUGCAGUCUCAGCUCACUGUAGCCUCUGCCUCCGGGUUCAAAUGAUUCUUAUGCCUCAGCCUCCUGAGUAGCUGGGACUACAGGCAUGCAACAUUAUACCCAGCUAAUUUUUAUAUUUUUAGUAGAGACUGGGUUUCUGUGACAGAAUAUUGUUUGCUAGGAAAAGUAAAAAAAAAGAGACUGGGUUUCACCAUGUUGGCCAGGAUGGUCGUUUACUUUCUUUAUUAUUAUUUUUUUUUCCUGAGAUGGAGUCUCGCUCUGUCGCUCAGGCUGGAGUGCAAUGGUGCGCUCUUGGCUUAUCACAAAUUAAUUAAUUGGCUAAACAAACAAAAGUGCUUAAAUCAAAUAUUUUGAAAGAAAAAUAAAAAGUGUAAUGCCUUUGAGGUCAUGUAACUUUAAUAAUCUUUGGGAAAUAAAAACAGCUUUAAAAUUACUGAUAAAAACAUUUAGUCUAAAUUAUGCAGACCAGAUGUUAAGUUUGCUAAAUGCUUUAAGGUCAUAAAUUGCUUCUUUAACUUUUAAAGAAAGUUACCUAGCUUAAGGCCAUUAGAUUCUAGAUAAGGCCUGGAGACGUGGAAUUAGCCAUGUCAAAGAUUAUAAAGAAAGAUAUUUUAUGUAAGAAAUGAUUUCAUAUGGUAAAUUUUUGUCCAAAAGUAAAAUGACUAGUUGUUUAAAAGGAGGAAUGUCAUGGCUGGGCAUGGUGGCUCAUGCCUGUAAUCCCAGCACUUUGGGAGGCUGAGGCAGGUGGAUCAUGAGGUCAGGAGUUAGAGACCAGCCUGGCCAACAUGGUGAAACCCUGUCUCUACUAAAAAUACAAAAAAAUUAGCUGGGGAUGGUGGUACAUACCUGUAAUCCCAGCCACUCAGGAGGCUGAGGCAGGAGAAUUGCUUGAACCUGGGAGGUGGUGGUUGCAGUGAGCCGAGAUUGCGCCAUUGCAUUCCAGCCUAGGUGACAGAGCCAGACUGUCUCAGAAAAGAAAAAAAAAGGAGGAAUGUUUAGGGCAGGUUAGAAAGUCAAAGAAUGCAGGUGGGGCGAGGUGGCUCACACCUAUAAUCCCAGCACUUUGGGAGGCGGGUCGAUCAUGAGGUCAAGAGAUCAGACCAUCCUGGUCAACAAGGUGAAACCCCGUCUCUACUAAAAAUGCAAAAAUUAGCUGGGCAUGGUGGUGCGUGCUGGUAGUCCCAGCUACUUGGGAGGCUGAGGCAGGAGAAUUGGUUGAAUCCAGAAGGUGGAGGUUGCGGUGAGUCGAGAUUGUGCCAUUGCACUCCAGUCUGAGUAACAACAGUAAAACUCCGUCUCAAAAAAAAAAAAAAAAAAAAAGUCGAAGAAUGUCUCAGAUGGUCUGGUAAGUCGUGAAAGGAUUUGUGAAAGAGAAUUUAUGUAAGAGAUAUACAAUUCAAAGGUUGUUAGGUUUCCUAAAUGCUUCAUGAAAUGUCACUAUGACCCUUACUGUACAGCUUGCCUACUUUACUGCUAGGUAAGGCCUGGGGACAUGUGGAGUUAGCCACACCCCCUUGGCUAUGCUGUAGAGUCAGCUCUAAUCUGCACUUGGGCCUGGUGUGUCCUAGGCUAGGCUCCACACCUAGUACACAAUUAAAAUUUCUAACUUGGUAGCCGGGUGUGGGUGGUGCAUGCCUGCAGUCCCAGCGACUCAGGAGGCUGAGGCAGGAGAAUUGCUUGAACCCUGGAGGUGGAGGUUGCAUCCAGCCAAGAUCGUGCCACUGCAUUCCAGCCAGGCAACAGAGUGCAACUCCAUGUCAAAAUGAUAAUAAAAUAAUAAUAAUAAUAAUCAAAGAAAAUCUUGAGCUUGCUAAGGUUUUCACAAAAAAUAAAACUUACUAAAGUUAACAUUGUAACGUAAUUGAAACUGAGGAAACAAUUUUACAUGGAAGGUGGGAAAAGAAAGUAAAAUGUGUUUUUGGUGUGAAAGAUAAGUCAUGAGACUGUAGAUUUUUUUCUGCCUAGAUUAAAGCAUUAAAUAAUUGUUUUAAGUUAAAAAAAAUCUAAAGGUUUAAACAAGUUGCGGAAGGUUUAUCAAAAUUAAUUUUAAGAGAUUCUGUGUGUGAACAUAUUGGCUAAAUUAAAUGGGUAUACAGGUUUUCUUGAAGCAUUGAUCUGCUCUGUCAUGCACACACACAAUACACACACACUUACAAUGUAAAGGUUUAUAAAAGAUUUAUAAGAAUCUUACCUUAUGGUUAAACAUUAAAAUUGGGCAAAUAUUUUUAUCAGGUUUUAUUACAAAUUGAGUUUAACAGGACAGGCGCCGUGGCUCACUCCUGCAAUCCCAGCCCUUUGGGAGGCCGGGGAAGACAGAUCACCUGAUGUUGGGAGUUCGAGACCAGCCUAACCAACAUGGAGAAACCCUGUCUUUACUAAAAAUACAAAAUUAGCUGAGCAUGAUGGUGCAGACCCAUAAUCCCUACUACUCAGAAGGGUGAGGAAGGAGAAUUGCUUGAACCUAGAAGGCAGAGGUUGUGGAUUCCAUUUAUUAUUUUAUUAGAAGUUCUGUACCUAGGCUGGGUGAAGUGACUCACACCUGUAAUCCCAGCAUUUUGGGAGGCUGAGGUGGGUGGAUCACAAAGUCAGGGAUUUGAGACCAGCCUGACUAAUGCCUCUACUAAAAAUACAAAAAUUAGCUGGGCAUGGUGGCGGGAGCAUGUAAUCACAGCUACUCAGGAGGCUGAGGCAGGAGAAUUGUUUGAACCAGAAUGGCAUAGGUUGCAGUGAGCCGAGAUCUUGCCUCUACACUCCAGCCUGGGCAACAGAGCUGACACUGUCUCAAAAAAAAAAAGUUUUGUGUCUAUUUGGAAACUUGAAAUUAAAUUGUCUUUUCCUGAGUUUGCCCAGUUAUUUUUCAAGUAAUGCUACAUCAUGGGAGCACAUUAGAGAUUUUCUGUAUUUUUAUGUUUUGUAUCAGUCACUAAAACAUAGAAAUUAUCUCAUUCUGAAUUUAUUAUAAAAAUAGAAUACUCUCCAACUAAGAAUAUCAUUAGCAUAUUGCAACAUAAUGUCGGGAAAUCUAAACUUUUUCUGGUAAUAUUACCUAUAUAAUAUUUAGUUAUUAAUUUUUUUCUCUUUUAACAUAUGAUUUUUAGUGUACUUUUUAGAAAUAUGCAUAACAUUUCCUUGAAUUGUAUUAAUGGACCUCAAUGUUUUUUUUUUCUUUUUCUUUUUUUUUGAGAUGGAGUCUUGCUCUGUGGCCCAGGAUGGAGUGCAGUGGCACGAUCUUGGCUCACUGCAACCUCUGCCUCCCUGGUUCAAGAGAUUCUUUUGCUUUAGCCACUUGAGUAGCUGGAACUAUAGGCACCUACUACCACGCCCAGCUAAUUUAUUUAUUUUUUUUAAUGUGGCGGAGUUUUGUUAUUUUCACCCAGGCUGUAAUGCAAUGGUGCGAUCUCAGCUCACUGCAACCUCUGCCUGCUGGGUUUAAGCAAUUCUCCUGACUCAGACUCUAGAGUUGCUGGGAUUACAAGCAUGCGCCACCGUUCCCGGCUAAUUUUUGUAUUUUUAAUAGAGAUGGGGUUUCACUAUGUUAGGUUGUUCUUGAAUGCCUAACCUCAAGUGAUCUGCGGGCCUCUGCCUCUGAAAGUACUGGGAUUACAGGCGCAAACCACCAUGCCUGGCCUAAUUUUUGUAUUUUUGUUAGAGACUAGGUUUUCCAUGUUGGCCUGACUGAUCUUGAAUCCUAACCUCAGGUGAUCCACCCACCUCAGACACCAUGGCUGGCUUCUCUUUUUCUUUUGUUUUCCCUAGGCGGAGGGAGUUUUUCAGGAUGUUUUGAGGUAAAAUUUUUCCUUAGGAAAAUUUGUGGGGUGAUGCGCCCUCAGCCACACUUCAUUUUUUUUUUUUUUCUGGUCCUGAGUUUUAGUGCUGUCUGGGGAUAAACCAAGAUAACAACCAUGGCUAUGUGUGCUACAGUGUCUACUGAAUAUCAGCUUCCACGUCAUUUUUUCCUAUAGGACAACCUGAGGUAUGGAGUGUAGUCUCUCAAGGGAGCCCGUGGAUUCCUGAGGCUGAGUGUAUCUCCUGGGGAACUCUUCCACUGAAAAGCAACCCCUUUGAGACAUUAAGAUUGUCUUCACACAAGUCAGCUUAGCUUCUAAUUCAUGGAAAGACAUUGCUAGUUGGCCAAUCAGAUGCUGAUAUUGAGGGGAAAACAAAUAAUUUCUGCCCCCUGGAUUCUCUAAGAUUUGUAAAAGUGAAAAUAGUGUCUCAAAAACAAAACAAAACAAAAAGCCUGACCCCAGUGAGAUGGUGCAAGAAGUUGCAAAGUAAAAUGCACCUUGGCAGGCACUGAGGCGUAGUGCGAUGUCUCCUGAGAGGAGGGUUGUCAUUGUGCACUUGAGUGAACAGAAGUGGGUGGGAGAAUCUCUCAAGUGAUUGGAUGGCCUGAGUUGACACAUGAGUCAGACACAUCUGUUUUCUAAUCAGCACUGCCAAUCCCUCAGUUUGUCACCUUGAAAAAAUGUGUGCACUUAUUUUAACUUCACUUUUUUUUUUUUGGUCGUCGUCGUUAAGACAGUCUUGCUCUGUUGCCCAGGGUGGAGUGCAGUGGUGUGGAGUGCAGAGGCUCACUGAAACUUUCACCUCCUGGGUUCAAGUGAUUCUCCUCCCUCAGCCUCCCGUAUAGCUGGGACUAUAGGCAUGUGCCACCAUGCUGAGCUAAUUUCUGUAUUUUUAGUAGAGAUGGGGCUUCACUGUGUUAGCCAGGAUGGUCUCGAAGUCCUGACCUCGUGACCCACCUGCCUCAGCUUCCCAAAGUGCUGGGAUUACAGGCUUGAGCCACUGCACCCAGGCUUAAGUUCAGUUUUUUAAUUGCAUUUUUUUAGUAGGUUAUAAAAAAUGAGAAAAUAUUUACAAAGAGCAUAAAAGAGGUGGGUUUCAGGAAAAAAAAAAACCUAAUUAUAUAUUUCAUUUGUUAAGAAUUCUCAUUUACCUUUUUAUCUCCCAGAAUGGGUUUAGGAAUCUUCUCAGAUGUCUUUUAUUUUACGGCUAGGUGAUUUUCAAUAGAUUGCCGUGGCUUAGCUUUUAGAAUGCUACCAAGGAGAAAAAUAGGGAAAAUCUCUCUUACUUUGGCUGUAGAAAAGGAAUACAUUUCCGUAAGAAAACAUGGCAUAUAAUUGAUGAGUUAUAGGUUCAUAAAGACAUCAUCAGUUGCUCUUUUUCAGGGUAAAUUUGUGAAGGUGACUAUCUGCGUUCUAUAUCCUAUCUUCUUGGUUUCUGAAUUUAAUGCUAAAUUUUAUAAGAUCAAACUUGGUACCUCCUAGAAGUGUUUUCAUGUGACUGUUUACUACAUAAUUUUUUUUUCCCACAAGUUGGCCACUCCUGGAUACAUAAUUUUUAAUGGAAAUAAUACAAUAAUAACAUUUAUUGUCUGAAAGGAAUAGCUACUUUGGCUCUUGUUAUUGAGGUGUGAAAUGUAAGCAUCUUAAAAUUUUCUUUUUAUAUAUAAACACUGUGUUAGUGUAAUUUUGCUGGAUUUUUCAAACACUUAGUUUCAAAAACCACCUGGAUCACUCUGACUUAACAGCCUGAGCCCAGUGACUCCAAGCUAAGGCUAAUAUUGAGCCUGCAAAGGAAGGUUAUUAAAGGCCCAGUUCUUUCUGGGGAGCCUCCCUUGCAGAUGUCCCAGCCUGCUCACCCAAGCCAUGGAAAAAGGCUUUGUUCUGAGAGAAGCUGCAGAGCCCUGGAAAGCUGGGGACCCACAAGCAGAUGCAGUUACAGGUAAGAUGAAAGGGGAUUUGGAGAGUCUUACUAAAGAUGAAGUUGUUUUUAUUUUGAGGCAGGUUGUGGACUUUGUGAAAUAAAAUUUGAUUUAUGUAAAAAAUUUUAAUUAUAAAGGUAUUGCAACCGACGGAAGUACCAACUAUAACAUCUUUAAAGAUUGCCAAGUUUAGGCAGACAAAGGCUUUCUUAUUUUCCUUCUCUGUCCCUCUCCUUCCCUCCUUCCCUUUCUCCCUCCCUCUUUUCCUUCCUGCCUUCCUGCCUUCCCUCCUUCCCCUUUCUCUCUGCCUCCCUUCUGGAGUUUCACUCUUGUUCCCCAGGCUGGAGUGUGAUGGUGAGAUCUCAGCUCACUGUAACCUCUGCCUCCCAGGUUCAAGUGAGGUCUCCUGCCUCAGCUUCCUAGGUAGCUGGGAUUACAGGCACUCGCCACCAUGCCCAGCUAAUUUUUGUAUGUUUAGAAGAGACGGGGUUUUACAAUGUUGGCCAGGCUGGUCCCAAACUCCUGACCUCAAGUGAUCCGUGGGCCUCAGCCUCCCAAAGUGCUGGGAUUACAGGUGUGAGCCCUAGGGAAGAGCAAACAAGAUUAGAAAGAAGGUGGGAGGGGAAUGGCAAAUGGAGGCUAAAAGAUCAGAUUCUGUAUCAGAAAAUAUUUUACCGUGAAGUCACCAUGUUCUUAGGAGGAACAUAAAAUGGAGUUGCCUGAUGGCUCAGACUGAGGGCAGCUUAAAGUUAAGAAGCCUGUGGGAAGGAGAUAAACUUAUAUAACUGUGAUUAAAAAGUGUUUUAUUUUGAUCACAGGAAACAAAUUUAGCUAAUUUGAGAAAAAGAAGAAAAUUCAGGGUCAGUGUCUUAACUUGGUGAUAGAAAGAGAGCACCAUCUACGGCAUAAUGAGAAGGGUGUUUCUUUCCAUAAACUGUUCCUGCAGAACACAAAGAAUGAAUUGUAUUAAUCACAGCUAUUUUCUAGGAUUAUCUAUGUGCUUCACCUUCACCCAUCUCUUUUCUUUGUCCUAUGUACUUUUUCUAUUUUUUUCCUAAGUUGUAUUUUUUAUAACAAACUGGUAAACGUAACUGUAGUGUUUUGUUGAAUUCAGUGUCUUGCUGAGUUCUGUGAGUAGCGCCUAUCAAAUUAGAACUUGAAGGAGGUUAUGGAAGUUGUGGGGCUUUUUUCUUUGGCGAGGGGGAGACAAAGUCUAAUACUGUUGCCCAGGCUGGAGUGCAGUGGCGCGAUCUCGGCUCACUGCAGCCUCUGCCUCCCAGGAUCAAGCAAUCCUGCCUCAGCCUCCUGAGUAGCUGGGACUACAGGCACGUGCCACCAUGCCCAGCUAAAUUUUUUUGUAUUUUUAGUAGAAACAGAGUUUCACCACAUUGGCCAGACUGGUCUCGAACUCCUGACCGCAGGUAAUUCUCCCACUUCAGCAUCCGAAAGGAAGUUCUGAAUUUUUAAACAAUAGCUGAGAAUCAUAGAUGGGCCUCUGGAGUUUGUUACUGUCAUCUGCAGUGAGGACAACAUUGUGACAAUGAGGCCUAAAUCAGAGUCUGGGCUGACUCUGAGUAGGGUCAGAAUUGAAAUGUUAGACAAUAUGUUGGUGGUGGAAAAUUGCUUGGUGUUCAGCAAACUUUACAGAUUUAGUGCCAGAAGAAAGAUAUCACACAGGCCUGGCCUGGAAUGGAACUCUGGGUGUCUGAGAAUGGGAGGCUCUGCUCUCUCAUACACAGGGUGUCACACUGCCUGUUGUCUUGUGAUUUCAGGUCUUUUUCCAGAAUGAGAAAGAACUGAAAACUUAAAGGAAUGGAGCUCUGGCCAGGCGCGGCAGCUCAUGCCUGUAAUCCCAACACUUUGGGAGGCCGAGGUGGGUGGAUCACCUGAGGUCAGGAGUUCGAGACCAUCCUGGUCAGCAUGGCAAAAUCCCAUCUCUACUAAAAAUACAGAAAUUAGCCGGGCACGGUGGCAGUGCUUGUAAUCCUAGUUACUCAGGAGGUUGAGGCAGGAAAAUCGCUUGAACCUGAAAAGCAGAGGUUGCAGUGAGCCAUGGUUUUGGUCUUUAUUUCUGUUUAUGUGGUUAAUCACAUUUAUUGAUUUGUGUAUGUUGAUAUAACCUUGCAUUCCAGGGAUAUAGGCUACUUGAUCAUAGUAGAUUAGCUUUUUGAUGUGCUGCUGGCUUCGGUUUGCCAGUAUUUUGUUGAGAAUUUUUCCAUCAGUAUUAAUUAAGAACAUUGGCAUAAAGUUUUCUUUUGUUGUUUUAUACCAGGUUUUGGUAGCAGAAUAAUGCUUUUCUUAUUUAAUGAGUUGGGGAGGAGUUCCUUCUCAAUUUUUUAAAAUGGCUUUAAUAAGAAUGUUACCAACUCUUUUUUUGUACAUCUGGUAGGAUUCUGCUGUGAAUCUGUCUGGUCCUGGGCUUUUUUUUGGUUUAUAGGCUAUUUAUUACACAUUCAAUUUUGGAUCUUGUAGGUCUGUUAAAGGAUACAAUUUUUUUGUUUGUUUCAGUCUUUGAAGAAUGUAUAUGUCCAGGAAUCUGUCUAUUUCUUCUAGAUUUUCUAGUUUGUUUGCACAGAAGUGUUCAUUACAGAGUUUAGUACUUAUUUGUUUUUUUUUUUUGUUUUUUUUUUUUUUGAGAUGGAGUUUCGCUCUUGUUACCCAGGCUGGAGUGCAAUGGUGCAAUAUCAGCUCACCGCAACCUCCGCCUCCUGGGUUCAGGCAAUUCUCCUGCCUCAGCCUCCUGAGUAGCUGGGAUUAUAGGCAUGUGCCACUAUGCACAGCUAAUUUUUUUGUAUUUUGAGUAGAGACGGGGUUUCACCAUGUUGACCAGGAUGGUCUCUAUCUCUUGACCUUGUGAUCCACCCGCCUUGGCCUUGGAAAGUGCUGAGAUUACAGGCGUGAGCCACUGCACCCGGCAAUAGUAGUUAUUUGUUUUUUUGUCGGGUCAGUGUUGAUGUUCAUUUUGUCCUUUCUAGUUGUGUUUAUUUGAAUCUUCUUUCUUCAUUAAUCUCUCUAGUGGAUUAUUAUUAUUAAAUUUAUUUAUUUUACUUUGGGUGCAUACUAUAUCUGGCAUUUCUCCCCAUGUUGUCCCGCCCCACCCUCCGCUCCCUCCCCAUAGUAGAUCAUUAUUAAUUCUUCCAAAGAUUUUACUCCUGGAGUUCUCCGUAUUUUUUUAUUUUUUUUUAAUGUCUAAUUCUCCAUUUCAGAUCUGAUUUUUGUUAUUUUAUUUUAUUUUUGUUUUGAGACAGAGUCUCUCUCUGGUGCCCAGGCUGGAGUGCAGUGGUGCCAUCUCAGCUUGAACCUGCUUCCCAGGUUCAAGCAGUUCUCUGCCUCAGCCUCCCAAGUACCUGGGGUUACAGGUGCCUACCACCACAGCUGGCUAAUUUUUGUAUUUUUAGUAGAGAUGGGGUUUUACCAUCUUGGCCAGGCUGACCUUGAACUCCUGACCUUGUGAUCUGUCUGUCUUGGCCUCCCAAAGUGGUAUAUUACAGGCACAAGCCAUUGCACCCAGCCAGUCUUCAUUAUUUCUUGUACUUUGAUAGCUUAGACGUCGAUUGGCUUUUUCUUCUCUCAUUCUUUUAUUUAUGAUGUCAGUUUUUGUUUUUGUUUCUGCUUUUGAGACAGAGUUCUUGUUGCCCAGGUUGGAGUGCAAUGGCGUGAUCUCAGCUCACUGCAGUUUCUGCCUCGCAGGUUUAAGCAAUUCUCUUGCCUCAGUCUCCUAAGUAUCUGGGAUUACAGUUACCUGCCACCACGCCUGGCUAAUAUUUUUGUAUUUUUAAUGGAGAAGGAGUUUCAUCAUGUUGGUCAGGCUUGAUCUACUGAAAUCAAGAGGCAGAGAUUGCAGUGAGCUGAGAUCAUGCCAUUGCAUUCCAGCCUGGGUGAUAAGAACUCUGUCUCAAAAACAACGAAACUUGAUCUGCACUGAGCUGAGAUGGCACUACUGACCUCAGGUGAUGCACUCUCCUCAGCCUCCCAGAGUGCUGGGAUUACAGGCGUGAGCCAUCACAGCCAGCCAGGUUUUUAAAUUGAGGUUUUUCUAACUUUGUGAUGUGAGCAUUUAAUGCUAUAAAUUUCUCUCUCUCUUUUUUUUUUUUGAGACAGAGUCUUGCUCUGUCGCCAGGCGCCAGGCUGGAGUGCCGUGGCGCAAUUUUGGCUCACUGCAACCUCCACCUUCCGGGUUCAAGUAAUUCUCCUGCCUCAGCCUCCUGAGUAGCUGAGACUACAGGCGUGCGCCACCACGCCCAGCUAAAUUUUGUAUUUUUAGUAGAGACGGGAUUUCACCAUGUUGGUCAGGAUGGUCUCUUAUCUCUUGACCUCAUGAUCCGCACGCCUUGGCCUCCCAAAGUGCUGUGAUUACAAGUGUGAGCCACCGCGCCCAGCUGUAAAUUUCUCUCUUAACACUGCCUUGGCCGUGCUGUGGAGAUUCUGGUACGUUGCAAUUUUGUACCCAUUUUUCUUUCUUUUUUCUUUUCUCUACCCAUUUAUUUUUAAAGAACUUGUUGAGUUCUGCCCAAACAAUAAAAUUUGGGUAAAUUUUAUUACUUAUCCAAAAGUUAUUCAAGUACUAGUUGUUGAAUUUCCAUGUAAUUCGCUUGUUUCAAGUGGUUUUCUUUAUAUUGAAUGUUGUUUUGUCAAGCUGUCAUCUGAGUAUGUGGUUGGUAUGAUUUGGGGAUUUUUGGAUUUGCUGAGGAUUGUUUUAUUUCUGAUUGUGGCAUCAGUUUUAGAGUAUUUGCCAUGUGGUAAUGAGAAUAAUGCAUAUUAUUUUAUAUAUGCUUUUAGAUAGAGAGUUCUCUAGACAUCUUUUGGGACUAUUUGGUCAAGUGUUAAGUUUACGUCCUAAUAUCUUUUAAUUUUCUGCUUCAGUAAUCUGUUUACUAGUGUCUCUGGGGUGUUGUAGUCUCCUACUCUCGUUGUGUCAGAAUCUAAGUCUCCAUAGGUCUCUAAGAACUCACUUUAUUCAUGUGCACCCAUUUUUUUUUUUUUUUUUAGACCGAGUCUUGUUCUGUCAUCCAGCUGGAGUGCAGUUGCACUAUCUUGGCUCACUGCAACCUCUGCCACCUGUGUUCAAGCAGUUUUCCUGCCUCAACCUCCCAAGUAGCUGCGAUUACAGGCACCUGCCACCAUGCUUGGGGACAUUGACAUUUAUGGAUGUGGCCAUAGAAUUCUGUCUGGAGGAGUGGCAAUGCCUGGACACUGCACAGCAGAAUUUAUAUAGGAAUGUGAUGUUAGAGAACUACAGAAACCUGGUCUUCCUGGAGACCAUUGACGUUUAUGGAUGUGGCCAUAGAAUUCUCUCUGGAGGAGUGGCAAUGCCUGAACACAGCACAGAAGAAUUUAUAUAGAAAUGUGAUGUUGAGAACUACAGAAACCUGGUUUUCCUGGGUGUUGCAGUGUCUAAUGUAGACCUAAUCACGUGUCUGGAGAAAGGAAAAGAACCCUGGAAUAUGAAGAGAUAUAGGAUGGUAGCCAAACCUCAAGUUUUGAGUUAUUUUUCCAAAGAACUUAGGCCAAAGCAAAACAUAAAAAAUUCUUUCCUACAAGAGAUACUGACAAGAUAUGGAAAAUGUGGACAUGAGAAUUCAGAAUUAAGUAAAGGUUGUAAAAGUGUGGAUGAGUGUAACAGACACAAAGGAAGUUAUAAUGGACUUGACCAAUGUGUGACAACCUCUCAGAGUAAAACAUUUCAAUGUGAUAAAUAUGUGGAAGUCUUUCAUAAAUUUUCAAAUUUAAGUAGACAUAAUAUAAGACAUACUGGAAAGAAACCUUUCAAAUGUAAAGAAUAUGACAAAUCAUUUUGUAUGCUUUCACAUCUAAUUCAACAUAAGAUAACUCAUACUGGAGAGAAACCAUGUAAGUGUGAAGAAUGUGGCAAAGCUUUUACCUGAUCCUCAACCCUUACUAUGCAUAAGAGAGUUCAUACUGGCGAGAAACCCUACAAAUGUGAAGAAUGUGGCAAAGCCUUUAAACAGUCUUCAAACCUUACUACACAUAAGAAAAUUCAUAGUGAAUCAAAACCAUUCAAGUGUGGACAAUGUGGCAAAGUUUUUAACCGAUCCUCCACCCUUACUGUGCGUAAGAAAAUUCAUACUGGAGAGAAACCGUAUAAGUGUGAAGAAUGUGGCAAAGCUUUUAAGCCUUUUACCCGAUCCACAACCCUUACUGUGCAUAAGAGAGUUCAUACUGGAGAGAAACCCUACAAAUGUGAAGAAUGUGGCAAAGCUUUUGAACAGUCUUCAAACCUUAAUAGACAUAAGAAAAUUCAUAGUGAAUCAAAACCAUUCAAGUGUGGACAAUGUGGCAAAGCUUUUAACUGAUCCUCCGCCCUUACUAUACAUAAGAUAAUUCAUACUGCAGAGAAACCACACAAGUCUUACAAGUGUGAAAAAUGUGGCAAAGCUUUUAACCAGUUCUCAUAUCUUAUUAUCCACAAGAGAAUUCAUACUGGAGAGAAACCCUACAAAUGUGAAGAAUGUGGCAAACCCUUUACUUACCAGUCAAGGCUUACUAGUCAUAAGAAAAUACAUACUGGUGCAAAACCCUACAAAUGUGAAGAGUGUGGCAAGGCUUUUAAAUAUUUCUCAGUCCUUACUGAACAUAAGAAAAUUCAUACUGGAGAGAAACCCUACAAAUGUGUAGAAUGUGGCAAAGCCUUUAACCGGUCCUUUGCGCUUUCUAGACAUAAGAUAAUUCACAUUGGAGAGAAACGUUACAAAUGUGAAGAAUGUGGCAAGGCUUUUAAACUGUCUUCAAGCCUUACUAGUCAUAAGAAACUUCAUAGUGAACAGAAACCCUACAAAUGUGAAGAAUGUGGCAAAGCUUUUAACCAAUCCUCAACCCUUACUGUGCAUAAGAGAAUUCAUACUGAAAAGAAACCCUACGAAUGUGAAGAGUGUGGCAAAGCCUUUACCAAUUCUUCACACCUUGCUGAACAUAAGACAAUUGAUACUGGAGAGAAACCCUACAAUAUGAAAUGUGAAAAGUGUGGCAAAGCUUUUAACCGGUCCUCAACUCUUACUAGACAUAAGAUAAUUCAUACUGGAGAGAAACUGUACAAAUUUGAAAAAUGUGGCAAAGCUUUUAACCAUUCUUCAAACCUUACUAAACGUAAGUUAAGCAGUCCUCAACUCUUACUACUCAUAAGGUAAUUCAUACUUGAGACAAAUCCUACAAGUGUGAAAAAUGCAGCAAAGCUUUUAGUCAUCAGAUCUUACUAGUCACAAGGUAAUUCAUUUUGGAGAGAAACCCUACAAAUGUGAAUAAUGUGGCAAACCAUUUAAUAAGUUCUCAAACCUUACUAAACAUAAGAAAAUGUAUACUGGAGAAGAGCCCUACAAAUGUGAAGAAUGUGGUGAAGCCUUUAGUGCAUUCUCAAGCCUUACUCAACAUAAGAUGAUUCAUACUGAAGAGAAACCUUACAAAGAAUGGCAAUGCUUUUUAACUACUCAAACCUUUCUAGUCAUAAGAUAAUUCAUAGUGGAGAGAAACCUUACAAGUGUGAAGAAUAUGGUAAAGCUUUUAACUGACCCUCAACCUUUACUAUGCAUGAAAUGAUUUAUGCUGCAGAGAAACCCUACCAAUGUGAAGAAUGUGGCAAAGCUCUUAAAUAUGCCUCAACUCUAAUGAAACGUAAAAUAAUAAAUACUGGAGAGAAACCCAACAAAUGUGAAGAACGUGGCAAAGUUUUUAACUGGUUCUCAACCCUUACAAGACAUAAGAAUUCAUACUGAAAAAAAAAAAACCCUAGAAAUGUAAAUAAUAUGGCAAAGCCUUUUUGUAUUCCCAGCUUUUAAUAAACGUAAGAUAAUUCAUACUAGAUAGAAACCCUACAAUUGUGAAUGGUAUGGCAAUGCUUUUAACUGUUUUUUAAGUCAUACUAAACAGAAAAAAUUUAUAAUAGAGAGAAACUCUACAAACCUGGAAGAUGUCACAGUAAUUUUGACACACCUCAAACUUUUCUUUUUUUCUUUUUUUUUUUUUGACAUGGAGUUUCACUCUUGUUGCCCAGGCUGGAGUGCAAUGGCGCAAUGUUGGCUCACUGCAACUUCACCUCCCGGGUUCAAGUGAUUCUGCAGCCUCAGACUCCUGAGUAGCUGGGAUUACAGGCAUGCUCCACCCUGCCCAGCUAAUUUUGUAUUUUUAGUAGAGAUGGGGUUUCUCCAUGUUGGCCAGGAUGUCUCAAUCUCCUGACCUUGUGGUCUGCCCACCUUGGUUUCCAAAAGUGCUGGGCUUACAGGUGGGAGCCACUGCGCCCAGAUGUACAAACUCUUAAAAGUGUGAAGAAUGAGGUAAAACUUUUAACCUAUGCUCACACCUUAUUACCAGGAAAGCAUUUAUUUAUACUUGAGAAAAAAAUGUGUAAAUAUAAAGGAUGUGGAAUAGGCAUUAAUACCUGCUCACAUCUUACUCAAUAGUACUUAAUAAAAGCAUUAUAAAUGCAA